AUCCUAAGUCUCUCUUUCUCUAACAGAGCUUUCAACAACAAUGGCGGCCAAAAAAACAACACGAAACCCAGAUCUAAUUCGUGGUGUUGGUAAAUACUCACGUACCAAAAUGUACCACAAAAAAGGUUUAUGGGCUAUCAAGAAAAAAAAUGGUGGUAAAUUCCCUACACACCAAAAAAAACCAAUCACAGCUCCAACAACUGAAAAACCACCAAAAUUUUACCCAGCUGAUGACGUGGCAAAACCCCUUGUUAACAAACACAAACCAAAACCCACAAAACUAAGAGCAAGUAUUACUCCAGGUACCGUGUUGAUUAUCCUUGCUGGUAGAUUUAAGGGAAAGAGAGUGGUAUUUUUGAAACAGCUUCAAUCUGGGUUGCUUCUUGUUACUGGGCCUUUUAAGCUUAAUGGUGUUCCAUUAAGACGUGUUAAUCAAGCUUAUGUUAUUGCUACUUCGACGAAAGUUGAUGUUAGUGGAGUAAAUGCUGAGAAGAUUGAUGAUAAGUAUUUUGCUAAACAAGCUGAGAAGAAGCAGAAGAAGGGUGAAGGCGAGUUCUUUGAAGAGAAAAAAGAGGAGAAGAAUGUGCUUCCACAGGAAAAGAAAGAUGAUCAGAAAGCUGUAGAUGCAGCAUUGAUCAAGGCCAUUGAGGGUGUUCCCGAGUUGAAGGAGUAUUUGUCCGCAAGGUUCUCACUCAAGUCAGGCAUGAAACCACAUGAGCUAGUUUUUUAGGCAAACAAAUUCUAUAGUACUCUUUCUAAAUCAUUCUCUUUUGAUCCUUUUAUACGUUUGCAGCCUGUUCUGUUUGAAAGAGUUUAAUGGUUCUUGCUAAAUACUUUUUUGAUGAGAAUCAUCUUAUAUUCGAAUAUGCAAUGAGAUUUUCCUCUGUGAGAA